GUCACAAAGUCUCAAUAUAAAGCAGUGGAGCCACACACACACACUUCCCAGCAAGCGUUUACACUGCGGCCGCCCACAGACUCCUGUUGACUUCCAGUUAAUUUGGACUUAACUGCAGGAUUGAGUAUUGAGACACUAAGGCGACAAUGGCGAUGAAAGCUGUUAUCUUCACGUUCUUGUUGCAAGCUGCACUGAGUGCAGCACAUGGUAGGGUCAGUGCACCACAUGGUAGGGUCAGUGCACCACAUGUAUCAGACCGUUCUUGCAAUGCGAUUGGAGGCAUUUGCCAGAAUGACCACAACUACUGUAGGGGGUCCUAUGAGAACGGUUUGUGUUCUGGGUCAGCAAACAGACGUUGCUGUGUUCCAGGAUCGGAUCGUCCUUGCACUGCGAUUGGAGGCAUUUGCCAGUAUGACAACGUCUACUGUUGGGGGUCCUACAAGAACGGUUUGUGUUCUGGGCUAGCAAACAGACGUUGCUGCGUUUCAGGAUCGGACCAUGAUUGCAGUGUGAUUGGAGGCAUUUGCCAAAUGACCGCAACUACUGUAGAGGGUCCUACAAGAACGGUUUGUGUUCUGGGUCAGCAAACAGACGUUGCUGCGUUCCAGGAUCGGAGCGUUCUUGCGCUGCGAUUGGAGGCACUUGCCAGAACGACAGACAAUACUGUAGAGGGUCUUACAAGAACGGUUUGUGUGGUGGAUCAGCAAACAGACAUUGCUGCGUACAUUAUUGAGUACAAAAUGGCAGCUUCCAUGUUGGCUUGUCCGCUGGCAGUAACUCCAGGAGAAGCUAGAUCCUGUCACUGCAAGGUCUUAUCUCGUGUCUGUACGCCCUUCAUUGCAUUUUAUCAGUAAUAAAUAGUAAGCACCGAGAA